AUGAUUUUAGCAAUUUCAUCAAGUUCAGAAGAAGAAUCAUCUUAUAAUGCUAAAGAAUAAGAUAGAAUAUUAAAGAAUUCAAAUAUUUUUAAAUAGAAAGCCAGUUCACAUUUAAAUUGUUUAAAACAUCCAAAUAAAAAAGUAAUUAGUUAUAGUUAUUAUAUAGGCAAAAUAUUAUUCUUAAAAUGAUAAGCGUACAUUAUUUUGUUCUAAAUGUGCUUUAAAUUUAGCAUUGAAAGGUCAUAAAAUAGAAGAAAGUGCAGGAGCAGAAUUAGAAUUGUAAAGACAAAUGAGAAUAAAUUAAUUUUAAGAAUUGAUGAAAUAAACAUUAUAAGCAUGCAAUGUAAAAAUAAUAGAUUUAAACGGUUUGUAAUUAAGUUAAAAAUAAUUACUUGAAGAUCAAAAAACAAAUUGUAUAAGAUUUUUUGAAUAAGUGAUUGAAACAGCUUAAUAAUUAAAAUAAACAUAUAUACAAAAAUUUUAACAUGAUCAUAAAAGUUUAGAAUAGAAUAUUUUAGAUUGGUAAUAAGCAGUGACAAAUUAUGAAAAAUAAUUAUAAUAAUUUCAAAUUGAUAUUGAAAAAAAUCAUAUAAAUAUAGUAAAAAAGAUGGAAAUGAAACCAUUUGAAGAUAUAAUGCUUAGAUAUGAAAAAAGAGUAAGAAAUAUUUAACAAUUAUUAUCAGAAAUGAAAUUAGAAUAAUGUGUAAAAAUAAAUUAAUUUGAACAAUCUUAAAUAUUAACAUUUAUGAAUAAAAUGUGUUACAAUAUUUUAUUGAAUGAUACAACAUAAUCAAUAAAAUCUAGAAGUAAUUCCAUUAAUUUUAAUAAUCCUUCAAUAGAUAUGAAAGUAUUAGAUAUUUUAGAAAAUGAUGAUAUCUAUUAAAGUACAUUCUCGAACACAAUUAAAGAUAGUAAUAGUUAAAAUCCUCCAUCUCCUAUAACUAAAUUACCUAUCUAUAAAAGUAAUGGAUCUAAUCCAAUUUCAACAAUUAAGAAUUCAAGAAGAGAAAGUAAUUCUAAUACUCCAGAAAGUUGGAAUCAUACAAAUAUAUAAAAUUGUGAUUAAUAAUUAUUCAUUCCCUAAUAAGCAAAUAGUCAUAAUGUUAGUUUGAACGAAUAACCAUUAUAAUAAUAAUAAUAGCUAACUGAAAAGUUCAGUGUAUAAGAAUUAAUCAAAUUAGGUAAUGAAAAUACUUAAAAUAUUGACAAAAAUAAAAACUUAGAAAUAACACCUUUAAUUCAUUAAAAGAGUUAAUCAAUAUUACCAUAAUCGAUUAAGAUUUAUAAUAGUUAUAGAAGUAUAAAUUAUUUAUUUUUUAGAUUAAAAUGAUUCUAAUACGAUUAAUAAAUCUUAAGAUUCUAAAUAAAGAAAAAAAUAGCCUUCUGUUGAUUAAAUAGAAUAGAAACGAUUUUAUAUAUUAAAUUAGAAUCAAUAGAAAUCUUAAUUAUAAUAAUAAGAUGACACAUUAAAAGACAGAAUUUUUAAAGAAUUAAGUGGACAUUCUACAGAAUCUGUUUAUAAUUAAGUUUUAAAAAUUAAUAACAAUUAACAAAAAAUGAAAAAAGGAAAGGAAAACACUUAAAUUGAUUGGACAACUAGUUUAAAGUAUAAACAAAAUUUAUUAACAAAAAAAUGA